GAUUAUGCCAAGACCUAUAAUCAACCCUCCUCCAGUAGCACUUCGUGUACAUCAAAGCCGUAUGAAUGGAAUAAACCACGUAGCAGAAAACUCAGUCCCAAGGAAAUAAGUCAAAUGAGACCAGUUAAACAUCAGUAUGGGAAAAAGCCAAGGCUACCAGCAGUACCUAGUUCUGGUGAGUACAAUGCCUGCUCAGCAAAACAGAACUCGUUUUUGCUAAAUCUCACCAAUAGCCUCAAAACUGUAAAUCCACACUGUGUCCUUUUUACUGUUGUUGAAAAAGAGGGCAAAGAAAACACAGAAAUGUCAUAUGACAUUUCAUGUGAUAACAAUGUUGGGGCUUAUGAAGAAGUUUCAACAACCAAAGUUUUGGAAUCACCCACUACCCCAGAAGUUUUAAUGUCACCGACUACUCCAAGCCCUAUUGGUAUUAUUCCGAAUAAUCAUAUGUCAACAGUUAUGACAAUCAGUUGUCCCAUCCAGAGCCCUUUGAAAUAUGCAACACGAAUCCCACUCCAAUCUUUGCAACAAAAUAUUUGUGUUCGUGAAUCACAGAUAGCACAAGUAGCAAGCAGUUCCACUUCAAAGUAUAUUCCAAUAAAGCUUCCACUAAUCGAUGAUUCUGUCAGAGAAAUGGAACUUCCAGAAAAUUUAUCUGAGGAUGCCAGACAAUUUGUUAAUGAUUCAGUAAAGGUAGACCUUGAGAAAGCAUUCAAAAUUGAAUCUUCCACUCGAAACCAGUCGAAUAGUGUUGCAUGGUACAACCAUAGGCAGUAUCGACUGACAUCUUCUAAUUUCUGA